AUGGCUGCUUCCGGGCAAUCGUGGCUCAACCAAGACUUUACCGGUGAUGAUGAGGAAUCGGACAAUGACUUCAACCCUGGCCUCGAGGUGCCAUCUGAUGCCGAAGCCGAUGACGAUGAAGUCGCCAAACCACAGGCUUCCGCUCGCCGGGCAGGCUCGCCUUCCGACGAUGAAUCCGCCGCCGACCUCAAAACGAACGGCAAGAGAUCGGCCUCUCCUGUCAAGGGAGGAAAAUCACCGCCAGCAGAUGACGAUGAAGGAGAAGAAGAUGAAGGGCAAGGGGAAGAUGACGAGAACGGGGACCACAACGACGAGGGCGAUGAGGACGAAGGGGAGGAUUUAAAUGGUGAUGAGGAUGAAGACGAGGAUGAAGAAGACGAAGAGGAUGAAGAUGCGGUCACCAGUCGUCCACGAAAGCGACGGAGACGAGGCUUGAAUCAAUUCUUCGAAGAAGAGGCCGAGGUUGAUGAAGAUGACGAUGAUCUUGAGGCCGAGGAGGAUGAUCUGGGUCCUGAAUUCAUACAAGAUACGCAUCCUGACGAUGACCUGCCUCCAGAGGCUGACCAAGACGAUCGGAGACAUCGAGAGCUGGAUCGCCAAAGACAACUGCAGCAGUCAUUGGACGCAGAGCAAGAAGCGGCUAAGUUCCGUGAGAGAUACGGUCGAAGAACAACUACAGCCUUGAGCAACAGUUCGUUUGUGCCGCAAAAUCUGCUCAUGCCGGAUGUCAAUGAUCCGAGUAUUUGGGGUGUCAGAUGCAAGGCUGGGAAGGAAAGAGACAUCGUCCACAAGCUGAUGAAGAAAUUUAUCGAGAGCCAGGGCAGUCGGAACCCUAUGCGGAUAUGUUCUGCAUUUGAACGAGGAGACGGCCCUAUGGCUGGAUACAUCUUUGUUGAGGCUCGGAGGAAGGUUGAUGUUGACGAUGCGCUCACUAACGUGGCGGAUGUCUACCCCAGAUCAAAGAUGAAUCUUGUCCCGGUCAAAGAGAUGCCCGAUUUGCUCAGAGUGACAAAAAACAAGGAGCUGGAGGUUGGCGGAUACGUCCGAAUUAAGCGUGGCAUCUACCAAGGCGACUUGGGCAUGAUUGAGAGUGUCGAGACUAAUGGUCUGGAAGUGACGGUUCGACUCGUUCCAAGACUUACCUACGGCAUGGACGAGGACCACGCCAGACCGGGUAGUGGAGACGUGAAACGCAAACGUCCAAAUGCUUUCGGGCCCGUCAACUCCUUUGCAAAUCGACCCCCACAACGGCUGUUCAACGAGAACGAAGCGCGGAAGAGACACGAUAGGUUUUUGCAACAGAACCGGGGCCUCACGGGCAGGAGCUGGUCUUACAAGGGCGACCUCUACGAAGAUGGCUUUUUGAUCAAGGACUUCAAAUUACAGCACUUGAUUACUGACAGUGUUAAUCCACGGUUGGAUGAGAUCACAAAACUUACAAAGACUGCCGCUGAUGGUUCGGAACUCCUCGACCUUGAGUCCCUGGCCCACAGCCUGCGCAACACCGCAGCUGAAGGCAAUUACGUGCCUGGUGAUGAGGUGGAAGUCUACGAAGGCGAGCAGAGAGGCAUCGUUGGCAGGACCGAAGCUGUCACUGGAAAUAUUGUUUCAAUCAUGGUCACAGAAGGCGAACUCACUGGUCAGCUUGUUGAGGUCCCCGUAAAGGGCCUUCGAAAACGCUUCAAGGAGGGUGAUAACGUGAAAAUUAUUGGAGGGAGCAAGUACCGCGACGAAGUCGGAAUGGUACUCCGUAUCAAGGAUGACAAGGUUACUGUUCUCACCAACAACAGCAACGAAGAAAUCACUGUCUUCAGCAAAGACCUACGAGAAGCAACGGAUGCGGGAGGUUCUGGAGCCGGUGCCAGCAAGUUUGACGUGCAGGAACUGGUCCAAAUUGAUCCUACCACAGCCGGAUGUGUCAUUAGGGCCGACCGCGAGUCUGUGCGGAUACUAGAUCAAAACGGUUCGGUGACUACCCGGAUACCUUCACAGGUCCAAAAAAUCGAGGCUCGAAGAAACGCCGUUGCUACCGACAAAAAUGGCUCAGAAAUCCGGCUGGGCGACGUUGUGCGGGAGUCAGGCGGUGAAAACAAGUCCGGCACAAUCUUGCACAUCCACAGAGGAUUUGUUUUUGCGCAUAACAAACUAGGAAUCGAAAAUUCGGGUAUUUGGGUCGCGCGUUGUACGAAUGUCAUCACCACAGCUGCAAAAGGAGGCCGGAUUACGGCACCCUCGACGGACUUGAGUAAAAUGAAUCCAGCGCUGCAAAUGAAGGGUCCCGACAUGUCGAUGGCACCUCCACAACGACCUGGGCGCGAUCCAUUGCAGGGAAGAUUCGUUCACAUCAACAAAGGUACCUACAAGGGCCACCGCGCGAUUGUCAAAGACACGACAGCUGGCGAGGCGCGACUCGAACUUCAAACAAAGAACAAGACACUCAACAUCAGCAAGUUUGACCUUUCAAUAGUCGACAACAACACGCAAAGUAAAACCAGGUACGAAGACUGGAUCAGAACGCGUGGCGGUCCUUCAGCUAUGCGGGCAGGCCAAGGGGUUCCAGGCUCUCGGAUUCCUGACAGUGGAUUCGGAGGCAGAACCCCCAUGGGUGUCAUGGAUGGAGGGCGCACACCAGCAUGGGGUGGGGCGUCACGGACCCCUGCCUGGAGUGGCCCGGGCAGUUCUGGCAGUUCUGGCCUUGAAUCCGGUCGAACACCCUCGUGGAAGGGCCCGUCUGGCUCACAAACCACCUACGGCGGUGGAGGCAUGACCUCUUAUGGAGGGACUGGCAACUACUCGACCACGGGCAGCCGCACCCCAGUUUGGAAUGCUGGAGCAAAGACUCCUUAUGGGGCUGACCACGGUUUCAACUCGGCCGGCAACUCUGGCUUCGAUUCGUUCGCGGCAGGCUCGCGAACCCCGGCCUACACCUCUUCAUCGCGUACUCCGGCGUGGGGUGGUCCCGGAAACGCAGCAUCGGCACCCACGCCGGCCGCACGCCCUUACGACGCCCCUACGCCGGGCAUAUCGGCCCCGACACCUUCGGCUUCAGGUCGCUACGACGACGACGCUUACACUCCGUACAUGGGUGCCCCGACCCCAGGAGCUGGUCCUCAAGAUGCGCCCACCCCUGCGGCGAGCUUUGCGAAAAACGCAAACAAGGAACCACUCAAAUAUAAUCGAUUGGGGUUCGAUGCCCCGACGCCCGCAGCUAGUGCACCUACACCAUAUGCCAGUGGUGCGUUUGACGCGCCUACGCCAGCGGCGGGGGGACCUAGAUACGCUGAUGACGAUGAGGAGGAUUGA